AUGACGGGUUCCAAUACCUUUCAGGACCACUCGGGGGGUGCGAGUGUGGAGACCAUCAUCGCUCCGGAACACUCUCCAGUAUCACCAAUAGAGGCCUCGACAAGCACCAUUCACCUUCCAGGCAAUGAGUCCGAUUCAGAGAACACACAGCCAGAAGUGAAAUGGGAGUCCGGCACCGACACAUCACCAACCACCGACUCAUCCGCGUCGUCGACCAACAUGGAUCUCGAGAAGUUGGACAUACCCGCCGAGGAGUGGAAGCCAGAGAAGAAAGAAUGGAUUAUCAUGAUCAGCCUUUCCAUCAUCUCGCUCAUGGUGGCUCUGGACGCCACCGUCUUGGUCACUGUUCUUCCACAAAUCACACAGUCCCUGAAUGGUACGGCCAUCGACGCCUUCUGGACGGGAACUUCAUACCUGCUCUCUAGCGCGGUGUUCCAACCCAUUAUUGCUUCCGUCUCCCAGUUCUUCGGCCGCCAACAACUCCUCAUCUUUUCUCUCGUCUUCUUUACGGUCGGAACAAUACUUUGUGCUGUCGCAGGUGAUUUUACUGUUAUGCUCAUCGGUCGGAGCAUCCAAGGUGUCGGCGGUGGAGGUAUCAUCACGCUCAGCCAGGUCAUCUUCAGUGAUAUCGUGCCACUGAGGUUCCGUCCCAAGUACUUCGCCAUCGUCUUGGGCUCUUGGGCCGUAGGAACGAUCAUCGGGCCGGUCGUUGGAGGCGCCUUCGUCCAGCACUCGACAUGGCGAUGGUGUUUCUACAUCAAUUUCCCCUUUAUCGGUCUUGGAUUCCUCCUCGCUUUCGUCUUUAUCAGACUUAAUGCAGUAUCGAAGCUCACCCUCGCGGAGAAGCUUAAGAAGACGGACUGGGUCGGCGCUGUGAUGUUCCUGGGCAGCGCAACUGUCUUCCUCAUUGGCCUCUCAUGGGGUGGAGUCCAAUAUGCCUGGACGUCGGUGCAAACCCUCGCUCCUCUCAUCAUAGGUCUGGCCGGUGUUGCUGCCUUUGUGGCAUGGCAACUAUGGAACCGACCACGAAGCCUGAUACCUAUGUCUAUCUUCUGGUGCCCUUCGGCCAUCUUUGCGUUCUACUGUGCGUUGGUGAACGGCGUAGUCCUCUUCUCUGCACUAUACUACGUGCCCUUCUAUUGCAUGUCUGUUCGAGGCUCGUCACCAAUCCGUGCAGGCAUCGAGCUCUUCCCCGCUGUUUUCCUACUACUACCGGGUUCCAUUGUUGUCGCGGCGCUAACCACCCGUCUCGGAUCCUUCCGCUGGGCGAUCUGGAUGGGAUGGGCGCUAGUCACCUUGGGCGCUGGGUUGUUGAUGCUGCUUGACUUACAUACGAAGUAUGUCGUCCUUGCUGUCGCCCUUGGUAUCAUGGGCGUUGGCUUUGGCAAAGUGCUCACCAGUGUCAACGUGGGCAUCCAAGCGAUCAGCAAGGUCGAGGACGCUGCUAUGUCGGCUUCCAUGUACGGGUUCAUGCGCAGCCUGGGAAUGCCGCUGGGGGUGGCCAUCAGCGGUACGGCUUUCACGAACGCUAUGUCAAGCAAGCUGCUUUCCUACGGUCUUCCGGCAGAGAUUGCGCACGACUCGGAGCGCUACAUAUACGUUCUACGCAGCAUGGCGGCGGAUGACCCGCGGAAGACGGCUAUCCUCCAGUCGUACAUGCACGGUUUCCGUACCGUCUUCAUCUUGAUUACCUGCCUAUCGGCGAGCGCACUCGCGGUGUCGUUGUUCAUUAAGCAUUUCAGCAUGAACAAGAAGCUGCAAUCGAGGUACUCGGUCCGACCUCAAUCGUGCAGUGCUCGAUAG